GGGGGAGGGGAGGAGAGGGGAGUGUAUGUGCAGUUGAGCAAGGUUCCAAAAUCGAUGGAUCAGAUCCAAACAGAGAAGGCGUGGCAAGGCAAAGCCAUGGCCACACUCCCCCGCACCACCGCCGACGCCGCCUGGUCCCUGCUCUCCACCUUCUCCUCCAUCCACCGGUGGUAUCCCUCCCUCCACACUUGCUGCCUCAUCUCCGGCACCGACGGCCAUCCCGGCUGCGUCCGCUACUGCGCCAGCGCCCCCGAGGACGACGGCAAGCCGUCCCUCUGGGCCAACGAGGAGCUGCUCCACGUCGACGCCGACGGCCGGAGCUACCGCUACAGGGUGGCCGACAACAACAUGGGGUUGGAGCGGUACGAGGCGACGCUGAGCGCGGUGCCGCUCCCGGACGGCGAAGGCGGCGCGGGAUGCCAACUCGAGUGGCGGUUCGAGUCCGACCCGGUCCAGGGUUGGACCGAGGAGGGCUUCGUCGCCUACUUGCAGGCCGGCGUCGCCGCCAUGGCGGAGCGAGUGGAGGAAGCCCUGCGCCCACCGCCGCCGACCAUCGGAAAGUGCGACGCCGUCGAUGUAGCAAACUGUACCUAAAUUAAUAAAUAAUUUAGUGGAAGCGAAUAAAUUCCAUGGAAUUAAUUUAAUUGGGCGUUGCUUUCUUAUUCGGAUUGGAGGAUAGAGAGAGAGAGACGCGAGAGAUGAGAGAGAAAGGCAUGCUGCCAGGGACAAUCACGGC